GUUGGUGUAACUGCUGGACAUUGUGGGAUCGCAUUUCCUUUCAGCUUGUUGGCUGAGUUGCUUGGAGAGGUCUGUUGGGAGCUGGGCUGUUUGCGCUGGAAUGACUUCAUUCUUCAGAGAACACAAGGCUCAGGGGUUGGGUUUCGUGUUGUGCAGAGGCUCGGCACAGGCAUGCUCAGGGAUUGUUUGUUUCACGUCUUUGCCUUGUGAUUAAACCAAUUCACUAACUAGGAGAGAGGUUUGCUGGGGUUUUGUAUGCUUGUAUGUGGGAUUCUUUUACACUUAGAUAUUACUGGUGUAGGAGUAUUCUGAAGAAACACAUCUGAAGACCUUGAAUCCCCUGGUGAUUAGCUGCCACCCUCAUCUACGUUAGGAUUACCUCCGGGAGCACUGGCAUUGCAGGCAGCCCUCAAGUGGAAUGCUGAAGCACGAGGCGAGGCUGCGUGCUUCCGUCUGAGAUCCUGUUGCUUCUCGCCGGAAUACGGGCAUGCCUUACCCUCGAAUCACAAGACACCUGUGCCAGAGAGGCACCUGUUAAACUAGCAAUGAUUAACACAGCAGCUUCGUGAGAGCAGGGCUUUACUAAGAGCCAAAAACGUUCUCCUACUCCUUCCAUCUACACACCCAGCUGGGUUCUGACUACACAGGCUCGAGCAGAUGGUCGGAUGCUUCGUUUUCAGUAAGGUGGGAUCCUGAAGACUUCAGAAUGAGGAUAGCGCCAUCCAGUCCUAAGGAUUUCUCUUGGACCUGUAUAGAACUCCAUAGGAAGGAAGCUAUUCCAGCUGUGGUCCUUGUUUCUUCGUUUUGAUGACCUGUGCUUUUCGAAAAACCUAUUCCUGGAAAACUUGGUUGACUCAAGAGAAAACAUCUUCAUAAGGCCCGAUGAGAGAGUUUUCUAGAGCUGUUUUUUGCCUUUUAUAAAAAAAAAAAAUCCAGAUUUUUUCCUGAAAAGAAACCGGGAGGGGGGGAAUAAGGAGCAGGCUCCUGUUUCUAGAACAAUCAACGGCUUCUCUCAUUUAUUUUUAUUUUUUUUAUUCAACUCCUACCUUCCCCUCCCAAAACAAAAUGCUGCUGAAGAUGGUUAGAUGAGACUAAUUCAAUAUAUAUCUAAGUUUUAAAUUUUUUAUUUUUUUAUUAUUAUAUCAUUCUUGUUUUUAAAUUUUCAAAUUCUGUAAACUGCGUGACCAUGCUGUUGUCCAAGGGGAGGUACUUGAUGCUUUUCGUGUGCGUGCAGAUGGUAGUGAUGGCCUUGAUGUAUCGCGAGGGCUACCGAAAACGGGUAGUGUAUUUCCUGGGCAUAUUUCGGAAAGGCGGGACUCCUGCAGCCGUCGCCCAAGGGAACCUCACCCGCCCUGGGGACAUCUAUGCCAACCUGAGCCGAAUCGUCAAACCCUCCAUGCGCGAGGAAGACCUGCCACUCUGCCCGGAGAAAUCGCCCCUGAUCAGCGGUCCGUUCAGGGUGAUCUUCCCUCCUAUGCUCACCAUGGCCGAGGUGGAACAGAAAAACCCAUUCGUGAGGGCCGGGGGACGAUACAAGCCGCCGGACUGCGAGUCGACCCAUCGCACAGCCAUCAUCAUCCCUCACCGAAACAGAGAGCACCACCUGAAAUACCUUCUCUACUUCCUCCACCCCUUCCUGCAGCGGCAGCAGCUCAACUACGGCAUCUACAUCAUCCACCAGGCUGGGAAUUACACGUUUAACCGGGCCAAGCUGCUCAACGUGGGCUUCAAGGAGGCGAUGAAGGACGAGGAUUGGAGCUGCAUGUUCUACCACGACGUGGACCUCAUACCGGAGGACGACCGCAACCUCUACACCUGCGACAAGUACCCCAAGCACGCCUCCAUCGCCAUGGACAAGUUCGGAUACAAGCUGCCUUACAAGACCUACUUUGGAGGAGUGUCUGCCUUGACCCCAGAGCAGUACAUGAAGAUGAACGGCUUCCCAAACAACUACUGGGGCUGGGGAGGUGAGGACGAUGACAUUGCAAUCAGAGUGGCGCUCAGUGGCAUGCUGAUUUCACGACCCUCGAUACAGGUGGGGCGCUACAAGAUGAUCAAACACGAGCACGAUAAAGGCAAUGAAGAGAACCCCAAAAGGUUUAACCUGUUGGCGAAGACGAGACGCACUUGGAAACAGGAUGGAAUGAACACGAUGGAAUACGUAGUGCUUUCUAAAGAGCUGAGACCUCUCUACACUAACAUCACCGUGGACAUUGGCUCAGAAAAAGGGUUCCAUCCCAACACGUGAAACUGGCCUAUAGGGCGGCGCCAUACUCUCUUCAGUCUGAGGACACCUCUUCUCUCAUCAAGUUUUGAUACAAAAAAAACAGUUUGAUUCCUUGAAACAUUACUGGCACUUUAAUGGAAACAUGAUAACUACAGACAAGACUUUCUUCAUAGUAGAAAAGCCUUUUCUAUUUGUAUUUAAGUUUUGGUUUUUUUUAAUGUGCUUUUACUAGAAAUUUUGUUAGACAUGAAUUUUUCUGGAAUGAAUGUUUUUGACCUGAUAUUUUAUGUAAAUGCGUAUCAGGUUUCUUGUAAUCACGCAGUAUGCCUUAAAUUCUCUCUCUCUCUCUCUCUCUCUCUCUCUCUCUCUGUUUAUCUUGUAUUUAAACAAAAAAAAAAGGACGCACCAGUCUAUGCGUUGUUCCAGAUCUGUCGAAAGCAGGGGACAUUUUCCUUUCUUUUUACCGCUAUUCAAUCAUUUGAAACUUUACAACACAAGUACCUUUUAAAUAGUCUUAAUAAAAUUUUUUUUUAAAUA